GGUGCCGCGACUUCGGGUGGCGCACCACCAUGGAUUAUCAUUAUCAGUAAACUGCGAGAUUGGCCCACUCUUCGCUCAUCAACUGUUCAGGAUGCAGAAACCAAUUCGGAUUGCCGUGCUAGAGUGCGACACGCCGCUGGACAAGAUCAAGGCAAGACAUGGCGGCUACGGUAAUAUCUUCGAGCGUCUGCUCAAAGUCGCUGCGACCGAAAUGCACACACCAGACUUCGUGAACGCGGAUGAUUUGCACGUCACAAAGUUCCACGUUCAGGAGAAGAUGGAAUACCCAAACAUCGAGGAUAUAGAUGCGAUAUUGAUCACUGGCUCGCGCUUCAACUCGUUCGACAACGAUCCUUGGAUCACCAAGCUUGUACAAUUCACACAGGAUAUUCUCGCCCAGACCCGCGUCCGCAUCAUCGGCGUGUGUUUCGGGCACCAGAUCGUCGGCCGCGCCCUGGGCGUCAAAGUCGACAGAAGCAAUGCCGGCUGGGAGACGUCUGUCUUGCCCAUGACACUAACACCCAAGGGCAAAGAGCUGUUCAAAAAAGACAUCAUCAACAUCCACCAAAUGCACCGCGACAUUGUCUACGCCUACCCACCCGGCGUCGAAGCCCUCGGCCACUCGCCCCGCUGUGACGUACAAGGCAUGUACGCCCAGAACAGGCUGCUCACCGUGCAGGGCCACCCGGAGUUCACGCAGGAGAUUAUGGAGGAGCUGUGCGAGACGAGGCACGCGCAGAAGAUCUUCGACGAUGAACUGUAUGCGGAUUCAAUGCGGCGUGUGGCAGAUGCGCAGGAUGGGGUUGUCGUUGCGCAGGCGUUUCUGAGGUUCUUGGUCGAGGGGUGAAAAGGCCUUUGUGUGAGUUGGGCAUAGAUGAUUAGACCCGCAUUAUAUUUGGAAGUCGUCCAGAGCGCGUAUAUAUCAUACCACGCGCGUGAAAUUGAGACCAUGACAUCC